AUGGCGAAGGGAGUCAAGUCAGCGGUACCAGCGACGCCGGCCAAAUCGAGUGGAACGCGCAACGAGACUUCGGUGCGCUCUGGAAGCUCAUUCUCGAUCCCAACGACGGGUCGGAUGGAGUCGAUUGACGAGCGUUCGGUGAGCUACGACACGGCGAUUGAUUCCUCGGACGCCAAAGAAGAUAACGAAUAUGAAGACUGGGAUGUCCGGACUGCGAUGUCCGAGACUUCGGAAGCUGCGGUUGUAUCGGCAGGUCGCAGUGAAAGAUCAAGGUCGAUUACCCGCGACCUCUCCGACACAUCCCGGGCCCCGAGCCCGCUUACGACGCGAAUGACGGCGCCACCGAGGACUUCAAACCCUCGGUGA